CCCAUUCUGACCCAAUCAACCCUAAUCUUUCGUCAGAAUCCCCAAUCAACCCCCUCCCUACCUCUCUCUCUCUCUCCCCUCACCAAUCUCUCUCUGUAAACUCCUCUCUCUACAAUCGCAGCGGCACGUUCUCAUGGUUUCAUUCCAGUUUCCUUCCAGCUGAUCGCUCACUGUGUUCGUCUAGAAUGUUUCACUAUAUCCAUUGUUAAGCAAGUUUGCCUUUAAAGCAUCUUUGCUCUCCCACCGUCCUGUGCAUCAAAAUCUGAACUGAUUUUGAAAAGUGGAGCUUUGAAUCGAUGUGUUAGCUUAUGGAGGAUCACAAUUUCAUUGUUGGUCAAGAGUUCCCUGAUGUCAAGGCCUUUCGCAAGGCAAUUAAAGAAGCAGCAAUCGCACAACACUUUGAGCUUCGUAUUGUAAAAAGCGACCUCAUUCGUUACUUUGCAAAGUGUGCCACAGAAGGUUGUCCAUGGCGCAUCCGUGCUGUUAAGCUUUCUAAUGCUCCAACCUUCACAAUCAGAAGCAUUGAACCGACACAUACUUGUGGGAAAAAUGCCCAAAAUGGGCAUCACCAGGCUUCUGUUGAUUGGAUAGUGAACUUCAUAGAGGAAAGACUCCGAGACAACGUAAACUACAAACCAAAAGAUAUUUUGCACGACAUCCACAAACAGUACGGGAUUAUGAUACCAUAUAAGCAAGCUUGGCGUGCCAAGGAACGAGGGCUUGCGGCAAUUUACGGCUCUUCUGAAGAAGGCUAUUGCCUCCUCCCUUCAUACUGUGAGCAAAUAAAGAAAAACAAUCCAGGAAGUGCUGCUGAGGUUUUCACUGCAAGUGCAGAUAAUCGGUUUCAACGCCUUUUUGUUUCCUUUUAUGCUUCUAUAUAUGGGUUUUUAAAUGGUUGUUUGCCCAUUGUUGGCCUUGGUGGAAUCCAACUCAAGAACAAAUAUCUUGGGACCUUACUUUCAGCUACUUCUUUCGAUGCUGAUGGCGGGUUGUUUCCCCUUGCUUUUGGCGUAGUUGAUGUUGAAAAUGAUGAGAACUGGAUGUGGUUUUUGUCGGAGUUACACAAGGCUCUAGAGGCGAACACAGAGAAGAUCCUGGACCUUACAUUUUUGUCAGAUGGACAAAAGGGCAUAGUAGAUGCUGUGAAAAGGAAAUUUCCCGGUUCUUCUCAUGCAUUUUGCAUGAAGCACUUGAGUGAAAGCAUUGGCAAAGAGUUCAAGAAUUCGAGACUUGUCCAUCUUCUGUGGAAAGCUGCAUAUUCAACCACUACCAUUGGUUUCAAAGAGAGAUUGGCAGAAAUCGAGGAGGUUUCUUCCGAAGCUGCAAAGUGGCUUCAACAGUUUCCACCUUCCCGCUGGGCACUGGUGUAUUUUGAGGGAACACGGUAUGGUCACCUCUCCUCAAAUAUCGAGGACUUCAAUCGAUGGAUUCUGGAAACACUGGAGCUUCCCAUAAUUCAGGUGAUUGAGCGGAUUCAUGGUAAAUUGGCUGCUGAGUUUGCAGAUCGGCGUGCAAAGAGUAACUCAUGGUUAUCCAUGCUCACCCCUAGUGCUGAGAAGCGUAUAGCGGAGGCGAUCAAUCGUGCGUCCACGUAUCAAGUCCUUCGAUCAGAUGAGGUAGAAUUUGAGGUUCUAUCAGCAGAGCGAUCAGAAAUUGUGAAUAUUGGGACCCACUGUUGUUCUUGCCGCGAUUGGCAGCUGUAUGGAAUACCAUGCUCUCAUGCCGUUGCAGCACUUAUCUCAGCUAGAAAAGAUGUGUAUGCGUUUAUCGAGAGGUGUUUUACUGUAGCUAGUUAUUGCGAGACGUACUCGGAAGAUAUACACCCAACCCCUGGUAAAAUUGAAUGGAAGAAGGAAGGUGAGGUUACUAUGGAUGAGGACGUGCGAGUUGUGCGGCCUCCAAAGUUCCGGCGACCGCCAGGACGGCCGGAAAAGAAGCGAAUUUGUGUAGAGGACUUCAAUCGGGAGAAGCAUACAGUGCAUUGUAGCCGGUGCAACCAAACAGGACACUAUAAGACUACUUGCAAAGCACAGAUAAUGAAGAGUAUAGAACAAUGUUAAGUAGAUUUUUAGUUUUUUGUGUUUGUAAGAUUACAUGAAUUCAUAUGAUGUUGAGUAGAGCCUACUGUAGUGUUUGAUCUGUUGUAGGGUUACUAGUUGUUGAGGGUGCUGUGACAUAGGAUGUUAAAUUAUUUAUAAUGAAUAUGUAAUUUGAAUCUAGAAACAGUAGGAUUUUGAAGUGUUAAGAGUAAUGUUUAAACAAGAUGGAGAAAAAGGUCAUGAGGCUUUAUGAUGGGAGAUUUCACAACAGCUCGUCCUACCUUCAGUGAAAUUUCACUGUUGCCUUCUUGGUGACUUGGAAAAUAAAUAAAUAAAUAAAAAAUACAAAAAAAAUAUGAUUUUUCCGUUC